AUGUCUUCACACCUCCAGAAACCUGUAGUAAGGACUAGGAGGACAUCCUCUGUUGGCGCGAUCAACCUAGGUGACAACAAAGUCCCUGGUUUGUCGACAAUGAAGGAAUCAGAGCAGUCGAAAACAGCUGCCCUCGCAAGGAUGAGGGCUCUAUCUGAAGCCUCAAAGGGCGAUGUUGAUUUGCUAAAGAAGUUCUAUUUGACUUACCGUGAGAUGAGUUACCGCCAUACAUGGCUUACUCCUUUGGUGAUACUUCUGGCUGUGUAUGGCGCUUACUUUUUGUCUGGCAAUCGGACCGCUUCGAACCCUUUACAUCCGUUUGUUGCAAUUUCCUAUCAGGUUGGAGACUCUGAUAUGUAUGGGAAAGGUAUUGGGGAUCUGUGUUUUGUGUUUUAUUAUAUGGUCUUCUUCACCUUUUUGCGCGAGUUCUUAAUGGAAUGCGUGUUGCGUCCUUUAGCCUCUGCAUUAGGUGUGACAGGCGAACACAAGACAAAGAGACUUAUGGAGCAAGCUUACUCGAUCAUCUACUAUGGUAUAUCAGGACCAUUCGGCCUCUAUAUCAUGUACCACACUGAUUUAUGGCUAUUUCGCACUGCGCCCAUGUAUGCGACCUAUCCCGAUUUAACAAAUCAAUAUUUGUACAAGGUGUUCUACUUAGGCCAGGCUGCCUUUUGGACACAGCAAGCGUGCGUUCUGGUUCUGCAGUUGGAAAAACCAAGAAAGGACUUCAAGGAGCUAGUUUUUCAUCAUAUCGUCACUUUAGCUUUAAUCUGGCUGUCCUACGUUUUUCACUUCACAAAAAUGGGCCUCGCUGUCUACAUAACAAUGGACGUGUCGGAUUUCUUCCUCUCUCUAUCCAAGACUCUCAACUACCUGGAUUCGGCCCUUACUGCUCCAGUUUUCUUCGUGUUCGUUGCCUCUUGGACUUACUUGCGCCAUUAUAUCAAUUUGAAAAUUCUGUGGUCAGUGCUAACCGAAUUCCGCACUGUGGGUGACUACACUUUAAACUUCGCCACUCAACAAUACAAGUGUUGGAUAUCGCUUCCAAUCGUUUUUGUUUUGAUAUCUGCUCUUCAACUGGUGAACUUGUAUUGGCUCUUCUUAGUCAUGCGUAUCUUAUAUCGUUUACUGUUCAAAGGAAUUCAGAAAGACGAGAGAAGUGAGAGUGAGUCUGAAGAAACAGUGCAAGUGGACAAACAUGAAAACGAUGAAAACGAAAAGACCAUGGAAGGCAAUCCUGACCCGGCGUUGAAAAAGGAAAAUUAA